AUGAAAAAAUUUUCAUCACGAAAUGGUGCAACAAUUACUGUUGCAACAAAUUUUGUACGUGUUUGCGAUAAUGUCGAUAUGCCAACGUGUCAAAAACUGCAGCACGGCAUCGUUAUAUCAACCGCAUAUCAAACCUCAAAUAUUUACAAGCCAACGGAAGCAAAAAUACGACGUGUACAAACACCGCCGCAAUAUGUUGCCAGCAACAACAACAACAACAAUGGCAAUGGUAAUGGUGGCAGCAACAACGGAAAUAACACAACCACCAUUUUGACUGGCACAAAUACGUCAACAGCUAUGACAACAUUGAAUUUGCAACAACAUCAGCAACAACAUCAGCAACAACAACAACACCAACAACAGCAGCAACAGCAACAUCAUCAUAAUUCCCGACAGGAUAUUGUAAUGAAACCUGAUUCUCAUGAAUCUCCAACAAGAUCACCAACAACAACAACAGCAACAGUAACUCCACCACCAUUGUUGCCCAACAUAACACAAACAACAAAUAUUUCAACUCAAUCCCUACAACAGCGGCAACAACAAAUAAAAACACCCACAAAACAAACACGUAAUCGACAACGUAUGUUGGCGAAAACUUCACCAAGAAAACAGGUGGUGAAUAUAGCAGCUGCCAUAACUGAUAGUGUAACUAAUAUAACCUCGCAGACAACAACUACAACGACCACAACAACACCAACUAUAGCUGGUAGCAAAUUUUCCAUUGGUCAAUUAAUUUGGGGUCCUGCACGUGGUUAUCCUGCAUGGCCGGGUAAAAUUGUGAAAAUGCCUGAAGACGUUUCUACUCCAUCACAGAAAUAUGAAACAGUUUGGGUGCAAUGGUUUGGUGGUGGUGGACGUUCUACUACUGAGUUAAUAGCGGUCAACUCGUUACAGAGUCUUUCCGAAGGUUUAGAUGCACAUCAUAAAGCCCAAAAGGACACAAGAAAGAGCCGAAAAUUAAAUUCACAAUUAGAACGCGCCAUACAAGAAGCAAUGAUUCGAAUUGGAUCGUAUUUCAGCUAA